AAGAAAAAAAAAAUCCCGUCGAGAGUCGCCGCCUCCGCUACAGGCAGCAACGCAAACUGUCCCGACUAACACCAUUUUAUUAAGUAACCCAGCGUGAUGGCAGCCGCUUCGACCGGGUUUCCUGUGUGGUGUAUCUCCUGUGUGUUGGUCUCCCUCCUCGCGCACGUCGCCACUUCAGCCGCGGAGGGGAACAGCAGCCUUACGUGUGUCGAUGGCAUUUACGAGCAUGGCGGAGGGAUCUGUUGUCUGUGUGGCGCCGGUCAGUACUUGAAGGAGCACUGCACUACGAGUGAACAAUAUGGGGAAUGCGAACUCUGCACCCGAAAUACUUACAGAAGUCUGCCUAAUAGCCUGGACUCCUGUGAGCCCUGCACAUCCUGCUCACAACCUAAUGCAAAUCUAGUGGUGAAGCAAGCCUGUACCUCUGCCAUUGACGCUAAGUGCCAAUGUAAAAAGGACCACUACUGCAGCAGUGGCACAGAAACAUGUAUAAUCUGCAAUCCCUGUAAAGAGUGUCCAAAGGGCAUCAAAGUAGCCUGUACAUCCAACAAUAACACAGUCUGUAAUGAAAUUGAAGGGAAACCUCACAUUGGGUUAAUAAUGGGCAUUGUGGCAAUAUUAGUCAUUGGACUGGGUCUUCUUGCAUUAUUUUAUAUAAGAAAACGCUACCAGAGGAGACACCAGAUCCCAUCCGUACCGAGUGCUGCUGAUCCGGAGAUGCAGCAUCUUGCAGCUCCAGUUGUUGAUCUCCAGCCUCACCUGUCUGACAUUGCAGACAUUAUUGGAUGGAGGGAUAUGCAGGUUGUAGCAUUGAGAAGCCGUAUGGAAAACGCUACGAUUGAGUCUUGUCGACUGGACCACCCUCAUAAUAGUCAGGAGCAGACAUUGCAACUACUACAGAUCUGGGUGGAGAGCCAGGGAAAUGAGGCCUCGCGGAUCUUGAUCCAAAGCCUUCAAAAUAGUAGCAGAAGGGGCAAAGCAGAGAAGGUGAAGGAUAUAUUGUCUAGAUCAUAACUUCCUGCUUGAAUGUGUCGAUUGUGAGCACUUUUUAAAUAUUUGCGCUGCUGUCUGUAUGAAUUAUUAUUUUGAACGAGAUGUCUCUGUCUGUACUCGAACUUUGUGAAAGCUGAAUUUAAUGCUAGAUUUGAAUGGACUUCUGUGAUCUACAAUUAUGUUAAAGUGAGGAAUCACUAAUAUCUGUAUUAAAUAAUGAAGUGAAAAAAUGUUCCGCUUCCAGUUUGAAAUAGAUGAGAUCCUUGUGUUGCUAUAAUGAUGCUGGUCAAAGGCUGAACAAAGUCCAUAUCUGCCACGGCUUGUAUAUUAUGUAUUAAACUGUUUGCGUCCUAAUAUA